UUUACUUAUUCGAUGUGAGGUUAUGAACCCACUGGUAAUUGAAAAUUUUGAAAGACUUGUUGAGCUUCAACCCCAAACCAGAUUCAUGACAGUGUAUUUCAAUCACAUGUCACAAGAAAUAACGCCUGCUAGGUAUGUUCCCACAUACGUCAAUAUACUAGAUACUCCUGAAUCCACUUUAUUCUUCGACACGUCCAUGCAAGCAGAGAUUCGUGGAAUUCCGGAUCAUCUACGCUCGCGGGCGAUCCCUAAAAUAUUCACAAGUAAAUAUCAACACAUAGACUGCCUUAAAAUGUUUUACACUGAUGGGUCACGAAUCAGUGAAGCCACUGGUUUCGGUAUUUUCAACAAUAUUUUUUCAAUUUCUCUCAAACUUGCAGAACCCGCCUCUGUUUAUAUAGCGGAACUAGCAGCAGUUCACUAUAGUUUGCAAAUAAUUAAUACUUUGUAAGAAUUUUCACAAACUUUAGAAACAUCCCUAAACAAAACUUUCCGUCCAUGCUUGCCUACGAUCACCAACUGUGCCCUCUCGUGGUGGGAUAAAAGACUGUUGGGAGCUUUCACGUAGAUCGUUUUCCCACAUCCACCCUAUAGCAUUUGAUCGUACGAGCUUGAGCCACGAGUUAAAGCAGGAAUUUAAUUGUGAACCCCUUUGCCCGUAAAGCAAAUAUUGCACAAAGGGUUAUAAUAAAUUCAAUUAGGAGACCUGUGCGUGCGAAUGAGAAGGGAUGCUAUUUGAACAGCGUUCGUAAAAUAAUGUAUCGGAUUAAGUACCCAGGGAGAACAAAGCUUCUUCAUUUAGAUGAUCAGACCACUUCUAUAGAAACCGUUAAAGCAAUCAGAGUGAUACAAAGUUCGGGUUAAAUAAAAUCGUGUGAUUAACUGUAGAAGUACGCCCGAGUAGUAGCUGCAAGAAUAAAAGGGCUUUUUUAGAUAGACUGCCAAUUUUUCACACCAAACAUUUAGAAGCCAUUGCGCUUGGCCAAUAACUAGAAAUAGUACUCAGGAAUUGGAAUAGGCAGGUAAUACGCAUUAAUUAACAUAAUCAAUAAAACGUUCUCAUGAGUGUUACGUCGAACAGGAAAACCCACAGUUCGACGUGGGUCUUUGUGCCGGAGUAGGGUCACGUGCAGCACGAAAAACUUCACACGUGGUCCCAAUCGGUACACCCUAGUACACGGCCCCCGCUUCUACCCAGCCGGAAAACUCCGUUGAACUAAUCCUACGACCCGCCGUCAAAUUAUCUCGUAGCGGUAUCGACGUCACGACCAAUCCUCCACGUGGUCGAAAUCCGAACUAUUUCCCGAAUGGUCACGCACCUCACGUCCAACGUCGAGUAACUAGUACCGUGUCGCCAUCGCUGAACGUAACGUGGUACUAUCGCGCGCUAGGAUUCCGACAAGUGUCUUUGCUACGGAAUACGCGCCGGCACGCGUGGGAGUUCUACUGACGGUUUUUCACGCUCAAAAAUGAAUUGCUGCAAAUGGAAACAUCAGGGUGUUACGGUCUAAUCGACAAUUGUGUGCUGUCCCGGAGCGGUGUCGGAGAGAUGUAAGUCAGAUGUCGAGCACAGACAGUCUAAGGAAAUGCGUAGGAUCACAUUUAGCCAUUAAGAAAACUAUACCUGUACACUAGUGUUAAAUGAGGACGUUAAUCUGAAAAUAGAAAAUGAUCUAGCUAGAAUGUCAUGACGGUUUCGCCUAGUUUUUGUCUGUACCAGAUUUAGAAUCGCGAUUUAGAUAAACUCGGGUUGAUGUAGUGCUAACGCGUUCAAAAAGCAAUUCAUCUUAUACAGGUUUAGGAAUGAUCGUAUCUUUGGUUCGGUACAGAACUCGAGUCUACUUGGAUGUUCAAAUGAAGUCGGGUGUUUGAUUAUUCACUUAUAACCCGCCCUGGGAAAAAGCCUCAGCCGGGCAAUCUAAGAUGCCUCAACAGCCUCUCCCUAGGAGAGUGGCGCUAAAGCUGUUGUAGGUGAUCAGGACAAACUCAUUCGUCACAUUUGGCGCCCAACGUGGGGCCGAAAUUAGAAAUCAUCAGUAAGGACUAUUAAAUUUUUUUGAGUUGGGUAAUUUAGUUGAAAUAGGUCAAGAUAAAUUAAUGUUUUUUAAAGUAAGUAAAUAAGAUACCGCGAUCUCGAAUAUGCUUAGUAGUACAUAAAAACUUAUCAUCAAUCAGUGUGAUUUAGUCCUAGGAAGUUUUUGCUAUAAUUUCUCUUUAUUUUAGGUAUUUCGGAUAAUAAUUUGAGGAUUAAACCGUGAGUGCAGAAAAUUGUUCAUAAACUCAAAAUAAGUAGUUGAAUAUUCGGUUGUUUGAUAACCAUGGAUUUCUAUCGUGUUAAUGCCAACGACCUGCAACCUGAGGAAAUUGAUUACGAGCUGAGCAUUCGCUCCAGACUUUGUGAUGAAAACUGGGAGUCCAAACGAAGAACUCUGCGCAAACUUCUACGAGAAGGUGAACCGUCAAAUUUUACAGUUGUCUCUCACUAUACGCUAGUACAAGACCUUAUAAGAGUACCUCUAAAACUAAAGGAGAUAGAAAAAGAUCUGAUACAAGAUCCGUCUUCAGGGUGUCUAUCUCGACUGGUACACUAUCAUAAAAGGAUUCGUCGAUAUGUUCCGCAAAACACGGACCAAAAGGACAGCCAGGUUGUACUCUUGGAUGCGAUCGAUCGUCUUGCGUCGCAAUAUUUUAAAAUAAGCUUCCCAGAUGCCGCAGCAUGCACCCCCACCAUUAACUUAGUUCCCGACCUUCGCAACGAACGUUCUUUCGCCAUGACACAAUAUUGCAGUAACUUGGGACAAACUCUCAACCCUGAAACCAAAAAUGUAAUAAAACAUUCUGCUUCACACGUGCUAGCUCCAUUCCAAAUGACUGGCGAAAUGCUGUCAUCGACGCUGAAUCGUCCGACCCCUGGGAUCUUAGGCGAGAAUGAAGGUGCGGUGGGCGGAAUUCUUGCGCCAUCAGAUAUCUUCCCUCCUCAACCACACCAGCUGGCCUCGAGGACCACUCACACGAGCCAGGGACCCUGGGUAAUGAAUUUUGGAAAUGAUCCGACGUAUGAUCGGCAAAAAUCAGCUCCCGAUCCAACAACCGGAACCAUUCAUGCUUCAUGGCCGCUGACGAAACCUGAUACUGUCGCAGCAUUGAUAGGUAACGAGUCCACUCCCUUGAGACAUAACACCAAUCCGGCCAGAACGAUGGUGAGCUUUCCGGGUGCCUUCACUCAGAAUCGCUUAGAUCGAAAUGGAGGAAUUCAGCCCCCGGCACAGGGAGAUAUUCCACCGAUCAAUCCGCUUCCUAAGUUUAUUGGUGAGGAUAGAGCCACGAAGCCGGAAGUACCAUCUGAAGAAAAAGCAAAUCGAAGUGAGUAUAUUCACAUGUCGGAAAUUGAGUCGUAUAUCAAAACCUAUGUGGACCGGGUGCUUGGACCAGGACCAAAAUACCCCGAAAUGACUGAGGCGGCCGUAAGUCGCUUGGCGGACCAAAUCGCUAACGUUGGUUUGAAAGAUCAGGAUUUAUCACGAAUUUCACAGGGCCGGCCGAUGUUCAAUUCAACACAGCUUCUGGCACCGGAACCUCCUUUGCAGUUAUCAAUUAGUGGGCAACAACCCCCACGAUCAGAACACAAUCAGGGCGCUUAUAAUAUACAGCUUGACAGGUCGCGAGCCAGCCCAAUGCCCAGGUUUAUUCCCAACCCAGGUAGCCAAGAUCAGGGUGGAUUACAUCCGCAUGUAAGAAAUGUUCAAACUCCAAUGGGAAAUCCUGAUCCGUCCUUCUUCGCCAGACGAUUGCCACACCAACAAUGUAACAUAAUCGAGAAGUGGCCAAAGUUUAGUGGGGACACGAAUCUAAUUCCAGUCACCGACUUUUUACGUCAAGUCGACAUCCUUUGUCGAUCGUAUGCUAUUAGCAAGCAGGAGUUAAGGAUGCAUGCACAUCUUCUGUUUAAGGAUAGUGCUUAUGUGUGGUACACGACCUACGAGGAAAAAUUUUACACCUGGGAGACGUUGGAAACGUACCUACGGAUGAGAUACCACAAUCCCAAUCGGGACCGGAUUAUACGUGUGGAGUUACGGAACCGAAAACAACGACCAAACGAAUUGUUUAGUGCUUUUCUUACGGACAUUGAGACCUUGGCGCAGCGAAUGAUUCAGAAGAUGUCUGAAAGAGAGAAGUUUGAUUUGAUCGUCGAAAAUAUGAAGAUGAGCUACAAACGUCACCUAGCUCUCGAGCCAAUUUAUUCUGUAGAACAUCUUGCUCAACUCUGUUUCAAAUUUGACGCCUUAGAAACUAAUUUGUAUGUUGCUGGGAAUCCACAGAAACCAUCGGUCCAUCAAGUGACCGCGGAAGAUGGAGAACCAGAAGAGGAAGAUAAUGAAGAAACGGAGAGGGUUUAUGCAUUGCAAAAUCGCUUCAGAAAACCGCCGCGUACAAGCGAGAACCGAUACGCCGAUCGUCAGUCCCACAAUACGUAUUCGGGAUCAAAUAAUACCCUGUGCUGGAACUGCCGCCAAACGGGACACAUGUGGCGAGAAUGUGAUCAGAAAAAAACCGUUUUCUGCCACAUUUGCGGACAUCUGGAUACCACCGCUUUUCGAUGCCCCAAUAAACACAAUCUGAGUAACCCGAACGAUGAGGAGUCAAAAAACGAAUAG